CAUAGGUCGAUCUCGUCCGACGUUCCGUUUCACUCGACCUCGGCGAUCGUUUUACUCGUUUCAUUCUCGAGAGGACACGUAAGAACCCCAUGGAAAGGAGUCUCGGUUGGACAAUAAAUCCAUCGAUCGAUAAAUACGACGAAUAAUUUCGGGCAACGAUUGGAAAAUUCAGUGAGAGUGCGCGACACGCUCUAUCGGCCCACAGGAGGACCACACGAGAUUGCCACGGGGCACCGCUCUUUCAUGUUUCUAGAAAUCGAACGGUGGUGGAACGCAAGAGAAAGAUAAGAGAGAAUUUCGAGUCACGGUAAACAGAAACACGUGACGUUUGUGUUGACCAAUUGUAACGGCUGAAAUAACUCUAGAGAACGAAGCAUCGACAAAUAUUCGAGAAAGAAGAUUCCAAUUGCGCGUGCCAUUUUUCGCAAUCUUUUAUCCAAAAGAUUCUUCCCUAUUUUUUAAUAUCCCUCGAUCGCGGAAUCAUUCAAGUCAUUUAUCAUCGGGGAAAGGCCCUUCUCUUUCUCUCUCUCUCUCUCUCGAUAACCGAUAUUAUAAAAAUUCAAGUCUGAAAGUCGCGAAAAUGGACUUCAAAUAGUAGCAAAUUAUCGACGUUUAUACGAGCUUUCUAAAUUUAUCUCUAUGAUUAUUCUACUGCGAAUAUUUUUACUAUGAGUAUUUCCUCGAUUCUCUUCUCCUCGCUCAUUUCGAACGCCACAUUGCGCAAAUAAUAACCUUUUUAUCGCAUCUCCAAUCCAUUUUCCAAUCACGAGUAAAACGCGAUAAAUUUCCCUCCGAACGAACGAAAGAAAGACACAAACAAGCGACCGCUGGGAUUUUUUUUAUUGAGAAGAAUUUGACUCCUCUCGUACGAGACAAGAUGACUGGCAAAGCGAUACGGCACCUGCUGUACAUCCUGCUGACGAUCGUCGGCAUCGUCCAUCGGAGCAAAUGCGAGUUCCUCGAGAGGAUCGAACACGACGAUUACCUAAACGAGUAUUUACUCUUCGACGAGAGCAAGUAUCUCGCCGAAUUGCAAGAAUUCGACGAUACAACGCUCGAGAUCGAUCUUAUCAAUCGUAAUAGAAGGCACAGAUUGACGCAUGAGGAGCCCAGGGUGCUCUACCAAGUGGGGGAUAGCGAGAAGGAAUUACCGGAGUGCGCGGACAGGAGCGAGGUAUGUAGCAAGGUGGAUUUAUAUGGUGCACCGUGGGUCGAGAGACAAUGUCGUUGUCCGAAUGGCCGUGCUUGCCCCAGCAGUCUUCACGAGGACGACGGACACACGAUCAUCGAUAAAACGCGCCGCUACAAGCUCUGUGAACCCGUGAAACGACUUCCUAUCUGUCGUUACUUCAAAGACAUUACGUGGACCCUAGCACCCGGAGGAGGUCCAGCAAACGCGACUGUACAACGAGUUCACUGUCGAUGUCGGCCAGGUAGUGUGCCGUAUCUAGUUCGUAGGCAACCUCAUAGAUCACCGGAUGGAAAUCAAGGCUUUAUCUACGCCUUCGCUUGCUCUCCGCAAAGCAGAUUACGAUGCCAGCAUAAAGAGCCCUGUCGUCUGUUCACCGUACGUAAGAGACGUAAUUCGCAACUCGAGGAGGUGAAUGCCUCGCCACUUUGCCAAUGUCCCCGAGGACACCGAUGCCCGCGACGACACACGGAUCCUGGCUCCUCACCGGCGAGAUCCUACGCCGGUGUCUUAGAAAUCAAGACUUACAGCGGUUACUGCAUACCAGCCCACAGCUUCGAUAAAGCGACCUACGGUAUCUAGAGGGGAUCGUAGAGAAUCCAUAUACCUUCGCUCAACAAUAUAUCGGCGGUGUCGAUGAUUCGGGAUUUUUGCCACGCGUGACAUUACAGUAUCGUAAUUAAAUUACACGUUUUCGUAAAAAGUGGCAUCAUGAUUGUAUUAGUAUUUUUUUUUAAAAACGCAUUAAUCAAACACAUAUUUAGCCAGUUGUCGUAUCAACGUUGCCCUAAUAAUGUCAAUAAUAAUCUGAAAAUCUUUGCGGCAACUCUUCCUCGCGAAUAAAGCGCGCUUAAUUCGUUCAUCGACACGACACCGAAAGCCUCGACGACGACAGGAAAUUGAUAUAUUUGUCAACUGAUCAUGUAUCAUUAACCGUACAAUGCCGUGCCAUGUAGCAUCUUUAAUGGCGCGUUGGCGAAAAAUAUUAAAUGUAAAAAGUAUGUACAAAAGUAUAUAGAGAUAAGAAAAUUGCGCGUGCCACCUAUACAAUUUUGUAUAAUAUAAUAUUUGGAUCUUUCUCGCUUUAUUCUCAUUAAUAACUUGAUCAUGUUAUUGUACAUCUCUUGUAGCAACAACGAGUUUUUCCAUUUUAGUGUUAUCUACCCACUUUGUAUAUCCCUUUGCAGAAUAUUACAAACAUCGCAGUUAAAUAUCACUGUAGUCGAUAUAACUUGUAUAUAUCUGUCUCCGAUAUGCUCGAAAUGCCAUUCGAGGAGUAUAUUUGUACAUGGUAGAGAGAGAGAGAGAGAGAGAGAAAGAGGAGAGCAUUGUAAGACGACUCGGAUGAGACUCUCUCGAUGUUAUAUUUGUUAUUUUACAUUAACUUAAUAAAAAAUAUGAC